AUGUAACAGAAUAACAAUUAUGAAUAGCUAAUAAAAAAGAAAAUCAAUCUGAUAAAUGAUUUUGAAAGUGGCAAGAAAUAAUAUUUGAAAGAAGUAAUAGAACGUCCAGAUACACCUUAAUUCUCAGAUAGAAAGAGAAAUGAGAAUAAUGUAAAUACACUAAACAUUAAAUAUAGAAUUCUUUCAUUCUAAUCAAAGGUAUAAUCAAAUUAUACAAUUUUCAGAAUAAAUAGAAUAUGACAUUAUAGUUGAUUAAGAGAUAUUCUCGUCCUUGGUAGAUGUGAAACCUUAUUAAGAAUAGGAUCUAAAUUAGAUGAUGAAUUAAUUAUACAUAUUUGUAGAUUCUAACUUUUGGAAUUUCUGUUUAAUGUUGGCAUAUGUAAGUUUUUUAUUCAUAUUAUUCUAUAAAGAAUGAAGAUACUUGGUUCUCAUAGUAAGUUAUUCCAUAUGAUAGAAUGGCUAAAAUUUUAGGAUAAAUAUUUUCAUGUGUUGAGAAAUUCGAUGAUUCAAUAAUUUAAGAUUUAGAAAAAGUUAUCAAUUAUAGAUCAUUAGCACAUUUAGAUAGAUUAUUAUUUGAAAAUAAAUUACCUUAAUUUGAAAAAGUUAUUAGAAUGCUUAGAACUUAAAUUAUAAAUAAUCCUCAUUCUGCAUUUAUCUUAAAAGAAGCUAAAAUAAAAGAAAAAUAGUUUGAUAGUUUUGCCAAAUUGUAAGCUUACAAAUCAUAUACACCUACUAAACCUUCUGCAUCUUCUUCUAAAGGUAUUUAAAGAAGUGAAAUACUUUAUAAUCAUUCUAAAUAACUUUAAGAAAAAGCUCGUCAUGGUUAAUUACUCAAAAUUAAAUAAGAAAAUGAUGAGAUGUUAUCAUUUUAAAAGAAUCUUAAGAAAACUUCAGGAGAUCAAGUUUUUUAAAGAUUAUUCAAUGAUUCUAAAGCAUUACAAAAUAAAUAAUAAUAAUAAAUUAUUAAUAAAGAUGAUGUUUUAGAUAAAGAAUGCACAUUUAAGCCUGAAAUUAAAAGUUCAUUAAUUAAAAGUGAUUAAAAAGUUGAUUAAAUUAAAGGAUUUGAAAAUACUAUUAAAAGAAUGUAGAAAGCUUAAAAUUAAAAAGAAUACAAAGAUAAAUACUUUGAAAAUAAAUAAUAAUAAUUAGAAAAAGUCAAUAAUAAUAAAGAGAUUAAAGAAUUUAAAUUAUCUGAAAGAGAAGAAAAUGAAGAACCAAUAUUAUUUUUAGAUGUUCGUAUAUCCAAAAAUAAAAUAGGAAGAUUAGGUGUUAGGAAAAAUGAUGAUUUACAUUAAGUAGUAAAGAAUUUUGCUAAAAGUAUCAUUUUUUAUUAUAUUCAAGCAUUUGCACUCCAAAAGACAUAAAUAGAUUCUUUAUAAAAGCAUAUUAAAAGUGCCUUAGAAACUUUGAAUAAACACUAAGAGUGA